AAAAGAGGGCGGAACUGGCGUUCCAGGAACAGACGGGAAGAGGAGGGGAGAGAAAAUCACAGUCCCAACACAAACAGUGAAAUAUAACUGCAAACUCCAUCUAAUACUGCGAGGCCUGUAAGCCAUCGGACUUCUCACAGGGCGUGGUUGCAGCUAGUUUUUAGAUUGUUUUUAGGAGUGUUCCCUCAUAUUUUCCUCGUCGGAUUUGACACGGAGGGAGUGAGUUGCCUGGCCGCCAUCUUUAGGACUUGUCUGUGAGGGGGAAAUCAAGCUUCUGGGCCACCGUUAGCCCUGGGGUGGAGUUUUAACAUUGUCAACUAGCAAAAUCAGGAACGUUAAGUUAAAAUCAAACCCUGUCGAUUAAAUACGCGUCAAAACUCGAUCGAAGGCCAGUUUGGACCUUCAUCAGACUUAUCCUAACUCUGAUCUGGAUGGACAGCACUUCUUGAUUCCAGGCAAUAUUCAGUCCUCUUAAAACUGGCCUGUCGGACGGGUGUGGAUCUGCAUGCAGCCGCUGUCCUGCAGAUGAGCCGUCGGUGGGGGCUGUCGCGUCGCAGUCGCAGACCCAGAUAGUUGCUGGUGGCUGUGCUGCGGCCCCUCGCCCGCCCCCCGCUCCCAGCAUGCACAAGGGCAUCCGCGCCGGGAGCCUCAAGGACCCCGACAUCGCCGAGCUCUUCUUCAAGGAGGACCCCGAGAAGCUCUUCUCCGACCUCCGUGAGAUAGGCCAUGGCAGCUUCGGCGCCGUCUACUUUGCUCGGGAUGUGCGGACCUCAGAAGUGGUGGCCAUCAAGAAGAUGUCCUACAGUGGGAAACAGUGCAAUGAGAAAUGGCAAGACAUCAUUAAAGAGGUGAAGUUUCUUCAGAAAAUCCAGCACCCCAACAGUAUUGAGUAUAAAGGGUGCUACCUGCGUGAGCAUACAGCAUGGCUGGUAAUGGAGUACUGCCUGGGAUCCACCUCGGAUGUUUUAGAGGUGCACAAGAAGCCAUUACCAGAAAUAGAAAUAGCAGCAAUUACUCAUGGUGCACUGCAAGGGUUGGCCUACCUUCACUCCCAUAAUAUGAUUCACAGAGACAUCAAGGCGGGGAACAUCCUGCUGACCGAGCCGGGGCAGGUGAAGCUGGCGGACUUCGGCUCGGCCUCCCUGGUCUCCCCAGCCAACUCCUUUGUGGGGACUCCAUAUUGGAUGGCCCCUGAGGUGAUCCUGGCCAUGGACGAGGGGCAAUAUGAGGGCAAGGUGGACAUCUGGUCUCUGGGGAUCACCUGUAUUGAAUUAGCUGAGAGGAAACCUCCCCUCUUCAACAUGAAUGCCAUGAGUGCCUUAUACCAUAUAGCCCAGAAUGAGAGCCCCACGCUGCAGUCCAGCGAGUGGACGGAUUACUUUAGAAACUUUGUGGACUCCUGCUUGCAGAAGCUCCCUCAGGACAGGCCCACCUCUGAGGAGCUGCUCAAGCACGCGUUUGUCCAGCGUGAGCGGCCCGAGUCGGUGCUCAUGGACCUGAUCCAGCGCACCAAAGACGCCGUGCGCGAGCUGGACAACCUGCAGUACCGGAAGAUGAAGAAAAUCCUCUUCCAGGAGGCCCACAACGGCCCCACCACUGAGGUCGCAGAUGAGGAGGAGGAGACGGACCACAGCGGCGUGGGCCGCACCGGCACGGUGAACAGCGUGGGCAGCAACCAGUCCAUCCCCAGCAUGUCCAUCAGCGCCAGCUCCCAGAGCAGCUCCGUCAACAGCCUGCCCGACGCUGCCGACGCCGACAACAAGAGCGAGCUGGACCUGCUGGAGGGCGACCGCACAGUCAUGUCCAACAACUCCGUCAUCCACCUCAAACCCGCGGGGGAGAGCUACCAGGAGGAGGAGGAGGAGGAGACUGAGCCCCAGAGCAGGCCCUCUGAGCCGGGCCAGUCUCCUCCCAGUCAGACACCCCGCAGACCUCUCCGCAACCGCGAGCACUUCGCUACCAUCCGCACCGCCUCCCUGGUGACGCGUCAGAUCCAGGAGCACGAGCAGGACUCUGAGCUGCGUGAGCAGAUGUGGGGCUACAAGCGCAUGCGGCGGCAGCACCAGAAGCAGCUGAUGGCCCUGGAGAACAAGCUGAAGGCCGAGAUGGACGAACACCGCCUGCGGCUGGACAAGGAGCUCGAGAGUCAGCGCAGCAGCUUCUCCUCCGAGAUGGACAAGCUUAUCAAGAAGCACCAGGUCGCCAUGGAGAAAGAUGCCAAGACCUUUGCCAACGAUGAGAAGAAAUUCCAGCAGCAUAUUCAGAGUCAGCAGAAGAAGGAGCUCAACAGCUUCCUGGAGUCGCAAAAGAGGGAGUAUAAACUCCGCAAGGAACAGCUGAAAGAGGAACUGAAUGAGAACCAGUCGACACCAAAGAAGGAGAAGCAGGAGUGGCUCUCCAAGCAGAAGGAGAACAUCCAGCACUUCCAGGCGGAGGAGGAGGCCAACCUGCUGCGUCGCCAGAGGCAGUACCUGGAGCUGGAGUGUCGCCGCUUCAAGAGGCGGAUCCUCAUCGCCCGUCACAAUGUGGAGCAGGACCUGGCCCGGGAGGAGCUGAACAAGCGUCAGACGCAGAAGGACCUGGAGCACGCCAUGCUGCUGCGCCACCACGAGUCCAUGCAGGAGCUGGAGUUCCGUCAGCUGAACAUCAUCCAGCGGCAGCGCGCCGACCUGAUCCGCACGCAGCACAUGACCGAGCUCACCAACCAGCAGGAGUACAACAAGCGCCGCGAGCGCGAGCUGCGCCGCAAGCACGUCAUGGAGGUCCGGCAGCAGCCCAAGAGCCUCAAGUCCAAAGAGCUCCAGAUCAAGAAGCAGUUCCAGGACACGUGUAAGAUCCAGACGCGUCAGUACAAGGCGCUGCGCAACCACCUGCUGGAGAACACGCCCAAGAGCGAGCACAAGGCCGUGCUCAAGCGCAUCAAGGAGGAGCAGACGCGUAAGCUGGCCAUCCUGGCCGAGCAGUACGACCACUCCAUCAACGACAUGCUCUCCACGCAGGCCUUGCGUCUAGACGAGGCGCAGGAGGGUGAGUGUCAGACACUGCGCAUGCAGCUGCAGCAGGAGCUGGAGCUGCUGAACGCCUACCAGAGCAAGAUCAAGAUGCAGACGGACGCGCAGCAGGAGCGCGAGAGGAAGGAGCUGGAGCAGAGGGUGUCUCUGCGCAGGGCACUGCUCGAACAGAAGACACAAUCAAGCUAUUGUGCUCAGCCUCUGUUCACACCUUGCAGUCCUACUCAACACGCCUCACUCACUGGCUCUACCCAGAUCGAGGAGGAGAUGCUGGCCCUGCAGAACGACCGCCUGGAGCGCAUCCGCUCGCUGCUAGAGCGGCAGGCGCGCGAGAUCGAGGCCUUUGACUCGGAGAGCAUGCGCCUGGGCUUCAGCAACAUAUUGCUGGCCAACAUCUCCCCGGAGGCCCUCAGCCACAGCUUCCCCGGGGCCCCGGCCAGCUGGGCCCCCCAGCAGCAGGGCCCACACCACUCCAGCAGCUCCCAGGGGCCCCACUGGGGCAGCGGAGGGAGCGGGGGCAGCCAUCAUAGCGGCAGUGGCGGCAGCGGCCACCACUACUACCACUCCAGUCCGGGAGGGAGCCAGAGCAGCGGAGGCUCGCCGUGGGGCCACCCGUCGUCGGGGGCCAUGCCAAAAAGCAGCGUGGGGGUGGCGCGCAACAGCCCCCAGGCCCUGAACAGGACCUCGUCGGGGGGCCACGGGGAGCAGCCCAUGAGCAGGAGCACCAGCAUCACCUCGCAGAUAUCCAACGGCUCCCACCUGUCCUUCAUGUAAUGCUCCCCAGCACAGCACAGCACAGCAGGGCCAGGUCAAAGGUCAGGGUCACGGUCAAGCUCUGCUACAGCCUACACUUCAGAGGGAGCGAUAGGGACAUGGCACCUCCUCUUCUCUUAGCGCCUCCUCUCUUCUCUCUUUCUCUUUUCACUCUUCAUUUGGCUCUCUUCCUACUCUACUUCCAUUGUCUGUGUGUGUGUGUAAAUGAGUGAGUCUGUGUGUGUGCGUGUGAAAAUGAGUGAGUGUGUGGGUGUGUGUGAUUUUUAAGUUGUGCAGUUUUGUGGGUGUUUACAUUGCAGUGCACUUGCCCAGCACAGGUCAGCCCAGUGCACGUUUGUCUAUAAAUACAUAUAAACACUACUUCUGUUACAGUCUCACAGCAUUGAAUUUGAGUUUUUCUUUAUUUUAUUUGAACCCCCAAACUUUGUUUUUUUCCAGUUGUUUUCUUCCAAAAAAACAGCUUUUUGUUUUAAAAAUUGCCCCUUAAAACCCAAACAAUAAGGACUUGUGUGGCCUCUAUCAUCAGGAUUAGUGUUGUGGGGCAGUGAGAGUCUCGGAUGUGCUGUGGAGAAACACUGGCCCACCUCCACCCAGCCGCAGAAGUCCCCCUCCACCUGUCCUCGUACCAGAGCAGGGCUGGAGGUGUGGAGGGGUUGGAGCAGGGUGGUCCUUAAGUAUGUCCCAUUCACUCCACAGAUCAUGAAGUGGACUGCAGUGAUGAAGCUACAGGAUAAUUUAAUUGACAUAGUUUUUUCUGAACAGGGUGUCGACAUUGCUUUGCAGUGUAAUAUUUGCCAUACCCUUUCCCUUUAUUUAAUCAUAGACUUCUUUCUGUCCUUCAUUCUUGAGAGUUUUUUUUAUGUAAGGUGACUUGAAGAUGAGUUAGCGUGUCCAGGUUUUUGCUAAGCUCCUUGAAAUGAGAUUCAGGUAUGAAACUUGUUAACAUGUUUUAUUAUUCUCCCCCUCUAUAGCCUAGCUCUUGUAUCAAAGCAGGGGGGUUGUAGGGGUUGCACUUUUGAACCCUCCCCCCUGUCUCUGAGCGUGCCGUCAUGUGAUCUGGGUCUUGCUCGGUGGUGGACUGUGUGGACGAACCCCAACAGACCCAGGUUGAGUAAAUGUUCCCAGCGUUUGGCAUGUGGGCCAAUGGGAGGAGAGCUCCUCCAAGUCCUCUUCCAGUGAGCUCGGCACAGCCGUUAUGGGGAAUGUGCCUCCUCCCUCCCCUUUAAAGCGGGCUUGGAUGUGCAAGGCAGGGCCAGCCGAACGCACCCCCCCAGUCAGUUCCCGUUAACAUGCACAUGGGGUCCUGGAAAUGCCCAUCUUGAUUUAAGAGGCCAGAGUCUUCUCUAGGCCCAAGGAGAGGAUGUUACAUUGCAUAUGAGCGGUCCAGUGCUGCAGAAAGGCUGCCUGCCCUGCCACCUAGUGGCGUGUUUGUGAUAUACAGUUGCUCCCAGGUUUGUAAGGAUUAUUUGUGUCGUUUGUUUGUUUGUUUGUUUGUUUAUUGUUGUUGAACAACAAUAGCCCCAGCUCCCGUGUCAUACUAACAUUCAGCCAUUGGGUGUAACUUAUUGUAUACUUCCCAAGGAUUAUUAGGGAUCCCAAAGCCAAAAGCAUAGUGUUCAGUGCCUUGAAAUGAUUAUUUAGUACUGAAGUAUGUACAGUACUGAGCAGAAUAAUGAAUGUUAUAUUGUUUCAGAUAUAGUCCCAAAUGAAAAUUAUAUUUUUCAAAUGCAUAUGUUGAAAUGUGCUGUAAUGUAAGAGAUAAAGAUUGAUGAGGUAUCUAUCCCAUGCCAGCAAACAUGCAUAGAGUUUACGCCAAACUAAUCGCAGUGUUAGGACAGUGGUCAUUUUCCAUGGUGCCUUGUAUGGCAGCUGCCAAGUAGAAGCACUUUAUUACAGCUGUCAGAUGGGUUUCUAAUCGUGUGUGUGUGUGUGUGUCUGUCUUGAAGUGAUGCAAGCCUGAACGCCCAGGUGUACUUGCACAUAAUAUGUUUAACUGGUUGAUGAUUCAGAAUGUACUGUAAUGAGAAGUUACUUGUUUUUCUUUGCCAAGCUUGGUCAUGUGUUAUUAGAAGGUUUAGGUAGUCAGGUGAGUUAGGCCAUCCUUAAAAAUAUUUUCGUUUGCCGUAACCCGACCGACCCUGUCAAUUUAGAACCGACCCAAAUAUUUAUUUUUUUCCCCUUUUAGUCCGACCGACUUG